AUGGUCCUACAUUGUCAUUUAUUGUACAAUCCCCUGAUAGCCGCUGGUCUCAAAUACAAGAGCGAUCAAGACCAUAACCUUUCCUCAGGAGCCUUGAUUGUUGAUAAUAUUGGCUUAUCACCACUGCUGCUUGGAGCGGCUGGUAUCCUCCACGAAGCUCGAUACGCUCGUCACGCCAUCAGAAAUCACAAGGUUGAAUGGCUAGUCGUGUUGCAAUAUCAUAUGCUCGUCUCAGCUGGUCUAGCCCUCAUUGCAGUCUCCAUCUCAAACCUCGUCAAGCCCGAUUCGUCCGGUUCAGGAUUAGGGCUUCUUAAAGGAGGGUUCGCUGUACUAUUCAUCAGCUGGGUGAUUCUAUUCCUUGCUACAGUGUUCUCUAUGCAGCGCCCGGCUUCUUUCAAUCAACUCGCAAACGACGAGUCCUUCCGCAAUGGGGCUCUGUUGCUCAAUGCCGCCCUCCUCUCCCUACCCAUGACCCUCUUGAGAGCAGUCUAUGGCGCCAUCAAUCUUUUCGGUUCAGGGAAGUCUGUCGACACGGCUGCUUUUUCGUCUAAUAUUCCCGCCGAUGUCUGCAUGAGUUUGAUACCCCCAAUGCUAGCUACUUUUGCCUUUGUCGGUGUUGGAUUGAUAACACCUCGUUCCUGAAUCCCGAGCUACCACGGGCUAUCAUGCCAAAUGAAGUAAGAGUUGCGCCCGGCAUCACGUGUUUCUGAAUAUGGUUUUAUUUAUAUGAUCUUGUAUUCUCCUUCAGCUGAAUAUCAUCAUGAUCGUGUCAGGCAUUUUUAUGAUUUCUACUUAGGUGAAGAGAAGAUGAAUGGCAAGACGUACAGCAUUUGUACACCC